AUGUGGACCGGUUGGUCCAACCGGCCAGUUGGUCAUGUGGACCGGUUGGUCCAACCGGCCAGUUGGUCCUGUGGACCGGUUGGACCAACCGGCCUGUUGGUCCUGUGGACCGGUUGGACCAACCGGCCUGUUGGUCCUGUGGACCGGUUGGAACAACCCGCCAGUUGGUCCAAUGGACCGGUUGGACCAACCGGCCAGUUGGUCCUGUGGACCGGUUGGACUAACCGGCCUGUUGGUCCUGUGGAGCGGUUUGACCAACCGGCCAGUUGGUCAUGUGGACCGGUUGGUCCAACUGGCCAGUUGGUCCUGUGGACCGGUUGGACUAACCGGAAUGUUGGUCCUGUGGAGCGGUUUGACCAACCGGCCAGUUGGUCAUGUGGACCGGUUGGUCCAACUGGCCAGUUGGUCCUGUGGACCGGUUGGACCAACCGGCCUGUUGGUCGUGUGGACCGGUUGGUCCAACCGGCCUGUUGGUCCUGUGGACCGGUUGGACCAACCGGCCUUUUGGUCCUGUGGACCGGUUGGACCAACCGGCCUGUUGGUCCUGUGGACCGGUUGGACCAACCGGCCUUUUGGUCCUGUGGACCGGUUGGACCAACCGGCCUGUUGGUCCUGUGGACCGGUUGGACCAACCGGCCUGUUGGUCCUGUGGACCGGUUGGACCAGCCGGCCUGUUGGUCCUGUGGACCGGUUGGACCAACCGGCCAGUUGGUCCUGUGGACCGGUUGGACCAACCGGCCUGUUGGUCCUGUGGACCGGUUGGACCAACCGGCCUGUUGGUCCUGUGGACCGGUUGGACCAACUGACCUGUUGGUCCUGUGGACCGGUUGGACCAACCGGCCAGUUGGUCCUGUGGACCGGUUGGACCAACCGGCUUGUUGGUCAUGUGGACCGGUUGGACCAACCGGCCUGUUGGUCCUGUGGACCGGUUGGACCAACCGGCCUGUUGGUCCUGUGGACCGGUUGGACCUACCGGCCUGUUGGUCCUAUGGACCGGUUGGACCAACCGGCCUGUUGGUCCUGUGGACCGGUUGGACCAACCGGCCUGUUGGUCCUGUGGACCGGUUGGACCAACCGGCCUUUUGGUCCUGUGGACCGGUUGGUCCAACCGGCCUGUUGGUCCUGUGGACCGGUUUGACCAACCGGCCAGUUGGUCCUGUGGACCGGUUUGACCAACCGGCCAGUUGGUCCUGUGGACCGGUUGGACCAACCGGCCAGUUGGUCCUGUGGACCGGUUGGUCCAACCGGCCUGUUGGUCCUGUGGACCGGUUGGACCCAACCGGCCAGUUGGUCCUGUGGACCGUUGGUCCUGUGGACCGGUUGGACCAGCCGGCUUGUUGGUCAUGUGGACCGGUUGGACCAACCGGCCUGUUGGUCCUGUGGACCGGUUGGACCAACCGGCCAGUUGGUCCUGUGGACCGGUUGGACCAACCGGCUUGUUGGUCAUGUGGACCGGUUGGACCAACCGGCCUGUUGGUCCUGUGGACCGGUUGGACCAACCGGCCAGUUGGUCCUGUGGACCGGUUGGACCAACCGGCCUUUUGGUCCUGUGGACCGGUUGGACCAACUGGCCUGUUGGUCCUGUGGACCGGUUGGACCAACCGGCCAGUUGGUCCUGUGGACCGGUUGGACCAACCGGCCAAUUGGUCCUGUGGACCGGUUGGACCAACCGGCCUGUUGGUCCUGUGGACCGGUUGGACCAACCGGCCUGUUGGUCCUGUGGACCGGUUGGACCAACCGGCCUGUUGGUCCUGUGGACCGGUUGGUCCAACCGGCCUGUUGGUCCUGUGGACCGGUUGGACCAACCGGCCUGUUGGUCCUGUGGACCGGUUGGACCAACUGACCUGUUGGUCCUGUGGACCGGUUGGACCAACUGACCUGUUGGUCCUGUGGACCGGUUGGACCAACCGGCCAGUUGGUCCUGUGGACCGGUUGGACCAACCGGCAUGUUGGUCCUGUGGACCGGUUGGACCAACCGGCCUGUUGGUCCUGUGGACUGGUUGGACCAACCGGCCAGUUGGUCCUGUGGACCGGUUGGACCAACCGGCCAGUUGGUCCUGUGGACCGGUUGGACCAACCCGCCUGUUGGUCGUGUGGACCGGUUUGGACCAACCGGCCAGUUGGUCCUGUGGACCGGUUGGACCAACCGGCCAGUUGGUCGUGUGGACCGGUUGGUCCAACCGGCCAGUUGGUCCUGUGGACCGUUGGUCAUGUGGACCGGUUGGACCAACCGGCCUGUUGGUCCUGUGGACCGGUUGGACCAACCGGCCAGUUGGUCCUUUACACCGGUUGGACCAACCGGUCUGUUGGUCCUAUGGACCGGUUGGACCAACCGGCCUGUUGGUCCUGUGGACCGGUUGGACCAACCGGCCUGUUGGUCCUGUGGACCGGUUGGACCAACUGGCCUGUUGGUCCUGUGGACCGGUUGGACCAACCGGCCUGUUGGUCCUGUGGACCGGUUGGACCAACCAGCCUGUUGGUCCUGUGGACCGGUUGGACCAACCGGCCUGUUGGUCCUGUGGACCGGUUGGACCAACCGGCCUGUUGGUCCUGUGGACCGGUUGGACCAACGGGCCUGUUGGUCCUGUGGACCGGUUGGACCAACCGGCCUGUUGGUCCUGUGGACCCGUUGGACCAACCGGCCUGUUGGUCCUUUGGACCGGUUGGACCAACCGGCCUGUUGGUCCUGUGGACCGGUUGGACCAACCGGCCUGUCCCGCUGGACCAACCGGCCUGUUGGUCCUUUGGACCCGUUGGACCAACCGGCCAGUUGGUCCUGUGGACCGGUUGGACCAACCGGUCUGUUGGUCCUAUGCACCGGUUGGACCAACCGGCCAGUUGGUCCUGUGGACCGGUUGGACCAACCGGCCAGUUGGUCCUGUGGACCGGUUGGACCAACCGGCCUGUUGGUCCUGUGGACCGGUUGGACCAACCGGCCUGUUGGUCCUCUGGACCGGUUGGACUAACCGGCCAGUUGGUCCUAUGGACCGGUUGGACCAACCGGCCAGUUGGUCCUGUGGACCGGUUGGACCAACCGGCCUGUUGGUCCUGUGGACCGGUUUGACCAACCCGCCAGUUGGUCGUGUGGACCGGUUGGUCCAACCGGCCAGUUGGUCCUGUGGACCGGUUGGACCAACCAGCCAGUUGGUCCUGUGGACCGGUUGGACCAACCGGCCUGUUGGUCCUGUGGACCGGUUGGACCAACCGGCCUGUUGGUCCUUGUGGACCGGUUGGACCAAUCGGCCUGUUGGUCCUGUGGACCGGUUAGACCUACCGGCCUGUUGGUCCUGUGGACCGGUUGGACCAACCGGCCUUUUGGUCCUGUGGACCGGUUGGACCAACCGGCCUGUUGGUCCAGUGGACCGGUUGGACCAACCGGCCUGUUGGUCCUGUGGACCGGUUGGACCAGCCGGCCUGUUGGUCCUGUGGACCGGUUGGACCAACCGGCCAGUUGGUCCUGUGGACCGGUUGGACCAACCGGCCUGUUGGUCCUGUGGAACGGUUGGACCUACCGGCCUGUUGGUCCUAUGGAACCGGGUUGGACCAACUGACCUGUUGGUCCUGUGGACCGGUGGACCAACCGGCCAGUUGGUCCUUUGGACCGGUUUGGACCAACCGACUUGUUGGUCAUGUGGACCGGUUGGACCAACCGGCCUGUUGGUCCUGUGGAGCGGUUGGACCAACCGGCCUGUUGGUCCUCUUGACCGGCUGGACUAA